CAUGCUACAGAACCGCCAACGUGCGGGACAGGGCGAGAGAGUGUCCAGCGCCAGCGAGGGCGCAAGAGAGAGAGAGAGAGGUACGGAGGGGAGCAUUUUCAGGCAGACUAGAUAAAAUGCCCUGGGUUUUAUUACUAUUCCGGUCAAAAUCCUAUCGUUAUCCCUAUUCCACCGUCGCCUUUAUAGAACCCCGCCUCCAUCCACCUUCCAAUUGCAAGUUUCAUAACCUCCUCUUUCUUCGUUCUCUGCUGCUUCUUUCUCAAGAUUUCAUCAAAGAUGGUGAGCACCGACGCUGUUCGGAACGUGGUCGGAAUCAUCGGGAAUGUGAUAUCUUUCGGGCUGUUCCUGUCACCUUUACCGACUUUCAUUAAGAUAUGGAGGAUGAAGGCGGUGGAGGAAUUCUCUUCAAUUCCGUAUCUUGCAACCCUGCUCAAUUGUAUGCUCUGGAUCUUUUACGGCUUGCCCAUCGUCCACCCCAAUUCACUUCUCGUAGUUACCAUUAAUUGCGUUGGUAUUGUGCUUGAAGGAAUUUACCUUACUAUAUUUUUCCUCUACGCCCCUAAAAACCUGAGGAUCAAGUUGUUGAAUAUUCUGGCCGGGGAGCUGGCAUUCAUGGCUGUGGUUGUCUCAGUUGUGCUCACGGUGGGUUAUAGUCACGAGAAGAGGUCGCUGAUGGUCGGCAUCCUCUGUGUCAUAUUUGGCACUUGCAUGUACGCCUCCCCACUCACCAUUAUGAAAACGGUGAUCAAGACCAAAAGCGUGCAGUACAUGCCCUUCUGGCUUUCUUUGGUGAGCUUUUUCAAUGGCCUGUGCUGGACCUCCUACGCAAUUUUAAAGUUUGACAUCUUCAUUACGAUACCAAAUGGGCUCGGAUCGGCGCUCGGAUUACUCCAGCUUCUGCUGUACGCGUGCUAUUACCGGAGCACCCCGGCCGUAGAGUUGGAAAAUGAGGAUGGGAAGAGAAGGCGGGAUGUUGAGAUGGUCUAAUGGUUUCCAGCUCCCACCGGAAAAGGGAUAGGACAUUAGCUUCUUGUUUAAUCACUUUUUCACAGACAAUGUCAUUCUUAAUUGAUUGCUCUUUGGAUUACCCCAUCAUUCACUGUUCAAUUGAGAUUAGUAGAAUUCUUUUUUUGCUUUUGUAGGGAUUAAAUUUUCAUCAAAUUCAAAUAUUUAGAGAAGCUCGAAAUAAUAUCUAGAAU